GUGCUAUCAUGAACACAGUAGUAUGUUACAACUAUUUACAAGUCCCAUCUUUUUUUGCUUUGGAUUUGGAAGAGACUAACAAUCAAAGUCUGCAGACGAGACUAAAUGAGUCAAUGGGCAUUGUCAACCAAUGUUUACAGAGCAUUGCUGAGCAAAACAACGAAAUUGAUGCGCUUUCAAGAAUUUUGACAAAUUAUCAAGCAACUGCAGAAGAUAAAUUGAAGGGUGAUAAUAAUUUCAAAGAUCCAAUCUGAAUUCAAUAUAUAUCUAUUGUCUAUAUAUUAGAUAUGCUAUUAAAUAAAAUUAUGGUACAAGUGAAAACAUCGGUAGAUUGCUUAGUAGUCAAUAGGUUCUAUAAAGAUUUCUAAGUUAGUAUUUGCAUUCUUUUUCUGUUGGAGCGAAAUAGAAAACAAUUGAGA